CAAGCUCAUUCUAUGAUCGAAUGAACACUCCCAAAGAGUGGAUAAGGAAAAUGAAGUUUUAUGGGAAUGCCAUAGUAUGUGCGUUCACCCUGAUCGCKAUCGCUGUGGAGAGAUAUCUAGCAAUCAUGAAACCAUUUUACCACAAGGUUCAUGUCACCAAGAAAUGGGCCUGGAAAAUUGUCGUUGYUGUGUGGUUGCUCUCUGGAGCUUUCACMCUUCCAGGUUUCUUUCUUCUGCCGCCGACAAGAGARAAGCGUCAUAGCUUAGAAAAUGCGAGCRACGUUCAAUAUAACACUACCAAGCGSCCUUUAGCGCUGCAAGAUCCAUUGAAGGACCUUCGUUUUGGUUAUGAAAUCACCCURGUUUGUGCUUUUACUGUUUUACCARCCCUAAUAAUGAGCAUUCUCUAUGGGCGYAUUAUACACCGCGUGUGGCUGAAGCCAGAUUCACAGGGCACGAAUGCAGCCAUUGUAAAAGCUCGUCGUAAGAUGACAAAACUGUUAUUGACAGUAACAAUAGCGUUCUACCUUUGCUGGUGGCCUGUUUUGUUUUAUAUUAUCGACGAUAUUAGUAGUGAUAUUAAAAACUGGAUGGUGCUUUUCCCGUUGCUAAGCACCUGUUUGAAUCCAAUCAUCUACAGUUUCCACUCAGCCUCGUUUCGUAAGGGAAUCAGGUCAUUGUGUUGCGCAUGCGCUUGUUGCGUAUCCACACGAGUAUGCACUGUGAAUAUCGUCGAGCGUGAAUUUGCAGUGAGGAAAGGAACAGCGACAUUUACUUCAAAUCAGAACCUCAAUAUGACUCAACAACGAGUUCUUGAGCAAACACAUAAAACGGAAUGAUGGGAUUCUUCAGUUUCCAACAAACAGACACAACGAUUGAGCUCAGUUGUCAGUCGUCGCGAUUUUCYAGCCAAACUUGRAGUAUCGCGAGCUAGAGAGUCUAGUCUAGUUUUGUGAGAAAGCUGAAUGAAAAUGAUAGGAUUGUGAAUAUACUUGCGGUUGUUUUGGUGGCAAUAGUAACUUUAUUAUCCGUGAAUUAAGCCAAAUCAUUAGGGACUG